AUUUAUGCAAAUUGUCAUCUUCUGUUUUGUAUUUCUCUUCAAAAACAGCAACACUAAUCCACUUCUUUGAUCUGAUACGAUCAAGGAUAAAUUUAAAAUUAUUUCAGUUUUUUUUAUAAUUAAUUUCUAGCACAAAUACCUUUUACGAAUAUUAAUAAUUUUGAACUUUUAUCAUCAUAUAAAUAUUGGCACUUGUUGCUAGUUAAAGACAGAAAACAUUCAUUUGUUAAACAUACAACAUUAUACAAUAAUCAUAAAAUACAAUGCGUGCCUUUAUUGUUCUUUGCUGCUUGGCUACUGCUUAUGCUGCCAGUUUGGGCUAUGAUUACGAAAGACAAUCCGGUGGUGUAAGCUCUGGUGGUUUUGGUGGUGCCCCCUCUGGUGGUUUUGGUGGCGCCCCCUCUGGUGGUUUUGGUGGCGCCCCCUCUGGUGGAUUUGGUGGUGAUCAAGGAUUUCAAUCUGGCCCUGCUGGCGGCAGUGAUUAUAGUGCUCCUGCUCCUGCUGAAUUUGAAAAGGAAUUCUUCACCUACUCUGCCCCCGAAGGUGCUUUCGAUGACAACAGUGGCAACCAACAACUCGGCAAUGUAAAACGUGGCUUGCGUGUCAUCUUCAUCAAGGGCCCUGAAAACUCCGGUCUUGAAAAUGCUGCCCUUCAAUUGGCCAAAUCUGCCGGUGAACAACGUACUGCCAUCUAUGUUCUCAACAAACAAGCCGAUAUUGGAGACUUGGCCAACAAAUUGAACAACUUGAACAAGAACAAUGCCAACAAACCAGAAGUACACUUUGUUAAAUACCGCACUCCCGCUGAUGCCGAAAAUGCCCAACGUGCCAUCCAAGGUCAAUAUGAAGGUUUGGGCGGUAAAUCUAGCAGCCACAAUGGUGGUGUUGCUCCUGUGUUGGACUUUGCUUCCAAAGCUCCCGUAAGCAGCCAUGGUGGUUAUCAAUCUGAACCCGCUAACGCUUACUUGCCAGCCAACAAGCGCGUUGAAUUCAAAGGAAAAUUAUUUAUAUUUGUUAUAUUUUUAAUACAAAUUUGUUCGGAAGUACAAGCAGCUACUAAAACUAUUGAUUUAAAUACGCGCUCUUCAAACAAAAAUAAAUACCUGCCGCCACUUACAACAAACAACAAUAAUAAUGUUAAUAAAUCAUUGCAACAAACCAAAAUCUACACUACCAAAUCCCAACGUUCUAUUGAUAAUUUCAACACGAGGCCAGAAUUGAAAACCACAAAAUUUCCAAUAAACCCUUCUUACCCACCGCUAAUUACUUCUUAUGAUCCACCACCAUCGGGUUUGGUUUCACACAGCAAUAUUCAAUUACCUUUUAGUCAUUCAGUAAAAUUACCGCUUUUAUUGCCAAAAACUGAAAAACCAAAUGAUUUUACUAAACAUCCCGGCUUUAGUUUACCAAACAUGGCCAGCGAAGAAAUUGACUUGGAAGGUUCAGCACCCAUGUUAAUGAUUGAAGAACCAGCUGCUGUUAUACUACAACCUCAAUACAAUAAAACCAUAGAAGCUGCUAAAGUAUUAGCUUCAGCUUUUCUGGAAGCUAGCGGUGAUGCUUCAACAGAUACUGCUAGUACUGAAAGUAAAAAUCAAUCAAAUUCCACCGAUGUUUUUAUAGUUAAAACACAAAAGAAAGCCUAUAUAAUACCUACACAUUUAAAAAAAGCCACAAAACCAUCUGGUGUCGAUGACCUUUAUCCAUUGCGUGAUCAGUUCGAGAAGGCAUAUACCAUUAACCAAUUCAUAUUUGUUAUUAAACCAGAAAAAAUCAAUUUUCUCAAUAAACUAGUUUAGUAAAAGUUUGUUGUAGUAAAUAUCUAUCUUAGUAUGUAUUAAGUUUGUUAGGUAAUUUAAAUAAGUAAAAUAUUUUUU